UGCAGACAGCUCAGAUCGCGCUGUGCAAACGCCUGCGACGUCUUUAUCACCACAAAUUAUGGCCCUGCCACCGGAGCUUCGCACUCAGAUAGUCGCGCGCUUGCAAGCAAUCCAGCAAGCUCUGGAUGAGGACGACUUUUCCGACAAGACUCUCAAGCAAGCCUGUGCUAUCCCGGCCAAGGCAUUCGUGAACGCCACAAAGUCGCGUGAAGCGGUCAUCGGUCGCACGCCGCAAACAUUGGUCAUCCAUAUCAAUCGGAGCGUGUUUGACGAGAUGACCGGCGUGCAGAGGAAGAACUAUGCACAAGUCCGAUAUCCAAUGCUGCUAGAUUUGCGACCUUGGAUGCUGGAAAUUGGGGAUGCACCACCACAGUAUGAGCUUACCGCAGUGAUACAGCACUAUGGACGACAUGAAAACGGGCACUACAUCUGUUAUCGAAGACAUCCAGAAGUGCCGUCUGAAAUUGAGCCAGAAGGAGACUCCCCGAAGUGCGAAGAGAGAUGGUGGCGUCUGAGCGACGAGGAUGUCACGGCUGUCUCGGAGCAGGAAGUGCUCGAUCAAAGUGGAGCAUUCAUGCUCUUCUACGAGCGACUGCCGCAGCACGGGCCGCCACAGCCUUUCAGUGAAAACAUUGAAGAGGCUGCUGCGAUACCACUGCCACCAGACGAGGCUGCCGAUUGGGACAUGAUCAGCGUACAGCCAUCGACCGAAGCGACGCCUUCAUUGGUGACGUCUUCUACCCACUCUGUGGUCUCAGAGUCAGAUGUCGACACGGAAAUUGAUGAACCAGACCCGGAGGCAGUGAUACCAAGUGCUGGAAAGCUGCCUCCUCUCUCACAGCAGGCUCCGAUCUUGAAGACUGCAGGCCCGGCGGUCAUGGCGCUGCAGGAUGAUAUGAAAGUAAUGAAUAGAAUGAUGAGAGUGUAAUAGCGGUAGUGUAAGAGCAACGUCGCGUUCAUGGUCACGAAGCGUUCGAACAUCAAACAAAAUCACAAUACCCCGUGAUGAGCUCUUUUGAAUGUCAAACAUGCCUUC